AUGACGGUGGAUGUGUUACUUGGUCUUGAUGCUGCCUCCUUGAUGGCACCAUUGGAUGUGAGGCGUGGUGAGUUUGGGGAACCAUAUGCAGAGCUGACAUCACUCGGUUGGGUAGUUGCUGGUCCGGUGCCGGUCUCGAACAGUCAAGGAAAGCGUAUAUUGCGGGUGCAAGUGUCAGAAGAAGAGCAAGAUGCCAAUUAUCAAUUGCGAAAGUUUUGGGAGAUCGAUACUUUCGGAGUUCGUGUAGAAGCCACCACCCAGUUUACGCGAAGCGACCAAAUAGUCAUGGACAUGAUGAAUGAAACGUGUCGUAAAGUAGAAUCAGGUUACGAGAUGGGAUUGCUUUGGAAAGUUGAUAGACCACCAUUACCGAACAACUUUGAGACAGCCUUGAGUCGUCUAGAGUCUGUAGAACGACGUCUACAGAAGGAUCCCAAACUUGCUGAGGGAUAUUGCAAAGCCAUCAACGCAUAUGUGGAGAAAGGGUUUGCCCGCAAACUGACGCCUGAAGAGCACAUUGUUAAUGGAGAACAAUGGCUGCUGCCACACCACCCAGUAAUCAGUCCACACAAACUAUUACCAAGAGUUGUGUUUGACUCUGCAGCAAAACACAAGGGUGUCUGCCUCAACGACUGCCUCGAAGCAGGGCCAAGCCUUCAUAAUGAUCUGCCAGGUAUCUUGUUGCGGUUCCGUGAACGACCGAUUGCACUCGCAGGUGACGUCUCAGAUAUGUUCUGCCAUGUUCGUUUGAGAGAAGAAGACUGCAAGUAUCAUCAAUACCUGUGGCGUGACAUGGACUCAACCAGACCACCAGACGUCUAUGAAAUGAACUGCCUAGUGUUUGGUGACAAGUCGUCACCAUGCGAGGCAAAUUUUGCCGUUAUCCGAACGACAGAGGAUAACAAAAAGCAAUGGCCAGAAGCAGCUGCUGCCGUGAGACGUGACAUCUUUGUCGACGACUUCUACUCUUCCUGUGUUGGUGUGCCCCAAGCGGUGACUUUACGAACAGACGUCACUGCUCUGAUGGCUAAUGGAGGUUUUCCUAUGCGAAAGUGGCUGUCAUCAUCGCCAGACGUACUAUCAACAAUACCCGAGGCCGAUCGAGCCAUUUCAAAUGAAAUCCUACAACAUGGUGACCUGCCAUCUGGGCGAGCAUUAGGGAUCAGAUGGGAUGCGCAAUCAGAUACUCUAGGACUUGCCUAUGCUCAUCUUGAUCGUCCAUCUGUGCAAUUGACGAAACGGGGUGUUCUUACGAAAUUAGCUGGCCUAUAUGAUCCAUUGGGAUGGUCAAGUCCAUUUACGGUUCGUGCGAAGAUUAUCCUGCAACGAACAUGGUCCCGGGGCCUAGAUUGGGACAUGCCCUUGCCAACUGAUAUUGCUGCUGAAUGGUCAAAGUGGGAGUCCGAGAUGCCUGCUCUAAAGUCCUUUGCUGUCCCUCGUUAUGUCUACAGUUGUCAGCAGAAACGUUAA